AUGGUUUUGGAAAUGCUGAACCCAAUGCACUUUAACAUCACCACCGUGGUGCCUGCUGCCAUGCCUGCUGCUACCAUGCCAGUCCUGCUGCUCACCUGCUUUCUUCUCUUGAUAUGGAAGUACGAGGGCACAUCCUCCAUACCAGGUCCUAGCUAUUGUAUGGGAAUCGGUCCCCUCAUUUCCUACGCCAGAUUCCUGUGGAUGGGGAUCGGCAGCGCCUGCAACUAUUACAACAAGAUGUAUGGAGAAUUCAUGAGGGUCUGGAUAUGUGGAGAGGAAACGCUCAUUAUCAGCAAGUCCUCCAGCAUGUUCCACGUGAUGAAGCACAGCCACUACGUCUCCCGAUUUGGCAGCAAACCUGGGCUGCAAUGCAUCGGCAUGCAUGAGAACGGCAUCAUCUUUAACAAUAAUCCAGCUCUCUGGAAAGUAGUUCGACCCUUCUUUAUGAAAGCUUUGACAGGCCCUGGGCUCGUUCAGAUGGUGGCGAUCUGCGUUGGAUCCAUCGGGCGGCACCUGGACAAACUGGAGGAGGUGACCACCCAAUCGGGCUGCGUGGACGUGCUGACCCUCAUGCGGCGCAUCAUGCUGGACACCUCCAACAUGCUCUUCCUGGGCAUCCCCAUGGACGAAAGUGCCAUCGUCGUUAAAAUCCAGGGUUAUUUUGAUGCCUGGCAAGCUCUCCUCCUCAAACCAAACAUCUUCUUCAAGUUUUCCUGGUUAUACAAAAAGUAUGAGAAGUCUGUCAAGGAUUUGAAAGAUGCCAUAGAUAUUCUGGUAGAGGAAAAAAGACGCAGGAUUUCCACAGCAGAGAAACUGGAAGACCAUAUGGAUUUUGCUACUAACUUGAUUUUUGCUGAGAAACGUGGUGACCUGACAAGAGAGAAUGUGAACCAGUGUGUGCUGGAGAUGUUGAUUGCGGCCCCCGACACCAUGUCCGUCAGUGUGUUCUUCAUGCUGUUUCUCAUUGCAGAGCACCCUAGUGUUGAGGAGGCAAUAAUGGAGGAAAUCCAGACUGUUGUUGGUGAAAGAGAUAUAAGGAUUGAUGAUAUACAAAAAUUAAAAGUGGUGGAAAACUUCAUUUAUGAGAGCAUGCGGUACCAGCCUGUCGUUGACUUGGUCAUGCGCAAAGCCUUAGAAGAUGACGUCAUCGAUGGCUACCCAGUGAAAAAGGGAACUAACAUUAUUCUGAAUAUUGGAAGAAUGCAUCGACUUGAGUUUUUUCCCAAGCCCAAUGAAUUUACUCUUGAAAACUUCGCAAAGAAUGUUCCUUACAGGUAUUUUCAGCCAUUUGGUUUUGGGCCCCGUGGAUGUGCAGGGAAGUACAUAGCCAUGGUGAUGAUGAAAGUCAUCCUGGUCACACUUCUGAGACGAUUCCAGGUGAAAGCAUUGCAAGGAAGGAGUGUUGAGAACAUACAGAAAAAAAAUGACCUGUCCUUGCACCCGGAUGAGACCAGUGGCUUGCUGGAAAUGAUUUUUACUCCAAGAAACUCAGACACGUGCCUGGGACAGUAA